AUGAAAACAGCAGGUAACUAUUUUGGGCUUGAUACAUUUGAUGAAAAUAUAAUUUUAAAAUCGGGUUCUGAGCACUUGAACGCUUUCUUGAACUCUUCUAAUUGUUGCACAUUAUAUAUAAAAAAUACAGACACUGAAACACUAGAAGCAAAUGACAAAAACGAUACUGAAUCAGAUAUAAAACUCGACCCGAAAUUACAAUGUCUAAUUUCAGACCUCGAAAUGGGAUUAAAAACUACUAUUUUAAAGUCAUCACUACAGCAGUUAAAUAAUUCAAUAGAACCACACUUAGGAGACAUUGAAGACGAAGCUGACUAUUGGUGUGUUGUAAAAAAACAUACAAAAAAUAAAGAAGAAUCGAUCGCAGCUGAAAAAAUAUGUUCUUUAUUUUUACCUGUAACAAAGCAAUUAAAAGAAUCGUCUAUUCAUGACAUGGAGGAAUGCUUAGAAAACAUACACAAUUGUCUCGAUGACAUAUGGAAAAUCGAAGAAAUUAAAUAUCCUCAAACCAGAAUGGAACAUUUAUUUGAAGUUAUCGGAAACGGUAUGAUAAAACUCAUUCAACGAACAACAAGUGAUAUGAAUAUAUGGACUGGAGAUCAUAAUGCAAAUAUAGACACGUUAAAAAUGUGUAUGAAAACCUGUAACAAAUGGAUUAAAAUAUGUGAACAGUURACUAUGUUGUAUUGGCCAAACUACACUUAUCAUAAAUGGAUUGGUCCAACAUUUUUGCCGAAAAACUUAAUCACAUUUUCUAAUCAUAUUAAAGAAAUAAUAUCAAUAUUAUGUGUAAAUAACCAAAUGAUAAAAUUAUUGAGUGCCUAUGAGCAAGAAAAAUUGAGAACAUCAGAAAAUUUGAGAUCAUUUAUCGAAUUCAAUGGUGUGAGUCAAUUAAAUACUUACACAAAACAGAAAUGGGAAGCUGCUGUAGAAAAAUUUGAACAAAAAUUGCAACCAGCUGAGGAUUUAAUUGCUGGGAAACUUAGAAAUUUGAUUAAUAGUAAAAAAUCAAACACUGUAGAACUAAUUCAUGAAUUUACUCAUUACCAAGAAAUAAUAGAAAGGCCAAAAAUGUUUGUUCAACUCAAAGGAGAAUUGGAAAAUUUCCUAAAUUGUCUAAAACAAAUUAUCAGUGUAAUAGGAGAUAAUGCCGAUGGAGAACAAAAAAUGAAUGUACUAGAAUUAGCAGGUUUAGAACCAAUUGUACGAAAUUUAUAUUCAUUGAAACAACAAGAAGCUAAGUUAAAUGAUAUCGAAAGAGUAAGCGAUCGCAUACUAGCUAAUUUAAAUGAUUAUCCACAACUCAAAGACACAUUAACGGUUCAAAAGAAAUGCAUUAACAAUUUGAUGACAGAAACUUAUAGUAAUUGGAUAAAAGAUAGAAAAUCUGCAGUAAUUAACAAAAGUUUUAGGUUAAAUUCUGAUGAUCCUGUGGUUUACUUUCAAUCCAACAAACUGAUGAAAGUCAAUUUUAAUCCGGAUAUAGAAUUACUAAUUAGAGAGGUAAAAAUGUUAAAAAUUCUUGGCUACAAUAUUCCAUCUGAKAUAGAAAAUGUAUCGGAUAUGGGAAGCAAAUUUAUACGGCAAGCAAAAUCUCUCGAACAAAUAGCUUCAUUUCAUAACACAAUAGGAGAUCGAAUGAUCUCUUCUCAAAGGCCCAUGAUGCUGGCAUCAGCAGUCGAGUUGUUAAAUCUUGUUAAACAGCAAAAAAAUGUAACAUGGACCGAUAUCCAUUCUGUUGAUAUUUAUAUACUAGAAAUGCGAAAACUAAUGGAGAAAAUAUCACUUGAAAAUCAAACAUUAGCUAAUUACCACCAAUCCAUAUCCAAUAAGAUUAUAAAUCUUAUGAGUAUAGAUGUUUUGCAAGAACAACAACAGUGGAAGGUCUGUUUAAAAAGCAUCAGAGACAUUGURAGACAAGUCGAGGAAAAAUUUUCCAACUGUGAAGCGUGGAAAACACACUUGGAUUUUCAAAUAUACAAAGCCUUAAACCAUAGAUAUCAAAUAGGACUAGAAGCUCUAAAUCAACAUUUGCCCGAUUUUAGAAUAGAAAUUGUAUACAGGCAAAGACAAUUAAAGUUUAACCCUCCAAUAGAAGAGAUACGAAUGAAGUAUUAUUCUCUACUGAAAAAAUUUAUAUCAGUACCAAUUGGUUUUCGCGGUAUAGUGAAUUCGUCCGUUUCAAUAUUUGCAUCCAUAGUAGACAUUAAUGCAUCCAAAUUCCCUAAGUUGUUCUUAAGAGCCGAAAAAUUAUUUGAGAAAUUAGAAAAUGUUUUAAAAGAAUGGGAAAAUAGAGUUUCACUUGGUUCAAUAGACAUUGAGAAAAUGAUUCAAGAAAAUAUUAAGACUGCACACGACUGGGAAAACAAUUUUAGAUCCUCUAAGUCGUGGGGUCAACAGAUAGCUAAAUUUAACUGCGCUGAGUUAAAUGUCGAGUGCUUUAUUGUAAGCACUGCAGCAGUGCGAUUAGAAUUGGAAGCACAUAAUCGUCGUUAUUGGGAUACAAUGUCUACUUUAUUGCAUUCAUCGAUUUUAUUUGACAUUGCUACGUUAAACAAAUUUAUUGAAGACUCUGUCAUUAUGCUUCAACAACAAAAUUCAUCAGCAAAACAAAUAAACAAUAAACACAAAAAAAUAGUUAACGAGUCAUACGAAAUGAAUCUYAUAGCCUUGGAAAUUGUAAAAAAACAAAAGGUUUUAUCAAAUUGGACAAAUGAAAAAGUAGAUAAAAUGAACCAGACCUUAUCCAGUUGGGAAAACUUUAAAAAUAUGCUAGAAAAUCAUCAAAUGGUUAUGAAACAGCAGAUAGAUGCAAUGAAAAGUAAUUUAACAGYGGAAAURCAAACCAUUUUAAAUAUGUUCGAUAYAUUCCAUUCGAAGUGGCAACAAUAUAAACCAAAAGGUUUUGAAGACGAUAACAGUUCCAAAUUGAAAAAAGUUGUUGAAUUUUUAAAAAAUAGUCGUGUCGAAUGGAAUACGCUAAAAACACAGAAGGAAAAAAUAGUGAAUGACUGCAAAGAUGCUUACAUUGAUAUACCAGACUUCAGUUCAUAUGAUUCGAUUGAAAAUGAAUUGCUACAUUCUGAAAGCAUAUGGGGCCUUUACGAUGAAUUUAAUUCAGAUUUGCAAAGCAUUGGCCAAGAAAAAUGGAUUGAAUUUCGUAGUAAAGCUUAUAAAAAAUGUAUGGAUUUUAUUUUUAAAUGGCAAGAGAAACUUAAAGAAACAGCUGCAUCUCCGUUAACAAUCAAAAUACACAAUGAAUUAGAAACCUUCAAAGYCUUUUCGCUAUGCAUUAAAUAUGUUCAGGGAGAAACCUUUACAGAAAAACAUUGGAUUGAAAUGUUUUCAUUAAUUGGAAUUCCGUUUAAGCAUAUUGAACAACUAACAUUUGAAGAUUUUAUUUUAGUAAAAGAUAAAAUCAAAGAAAAGCUAACUAGUUUACAGGAAUUAAAUACUAAAGCAUCUAAUGAAAUUACAAUCAGACAAGCAUUGUCUGAAUUAGAUAUAUGGGAAUUUGAAACACAUUUCUCUUCUAUAAACUAUGUCGACUCAAAAGGCCACACUAUUCGUAUUAUCAACGAUUUUAAAACUAUAUUCAACUCGAUUGGAGAGAAACUAUGUUUAUUACAGUCAAUAAAAAAUACUUCAAACGACGAACAAUUUUUAGACAAGUCUAAUGUAUGGGAAGGUAAAUUAAUGGAACUCGAUGCAUACCUAAGACAAUUUUCCCAUAUACAAAGAAAAUGGCUAUACUUAGACCCAAUAUUUGGUAGUGGUGCAUUGAAAAUUGACAAAGAAGUAAAAUUGAGAUUUGAUAGAGUGGAUAGAGAUUUUAAAUAUAUAUUACAGCAAUCUUUAGAUUCGAAAAUCUUGCAGUUUUUGAAAAUAAAUAAUAUUAAAAAUUUGUUAGAAUCCAUGCUUAAUUUAUUAGCAACAACGAAAAAGAGCUUAAAUGAUUUUCUAGAGGAUAAACGAAAGAGUUUUCCAAGAUUUUACUUUCUCAGUGAUGAAGACCUAUUAGAAAUGAUUGGACAAACAAAAAAAAUAUCUGUAGUACAAGCUCAUCUUAAAAAACUAUUUAGUGGCGUACAAAAUGUACAGUUCAAUUCGUCUGGGAAUAUUAUCGCAAUAGAAUCACCUCAAAAUGAAAUAGUAAAUCUUGACAAGCCGGUUCAAGUUUCCAAUCAAAUUGAGGAAUGGCUUAAAUUGCUUGUUCAAGAAAUAACUAAUACGUUGAAAACAUGUUUUUUGAAUUGUCUAAAAGAACUAGACCCUUUGAAAUAUCCGUCACAGAUUUUAUGUAUAGUAAAUGAAGUCCUUUUCAGUUCAAGAUGCGAAGAGGCAAUAAAAAAACAACAAUUACAGCAAUUACAAAAGUCUCUAAAAAAUCAAUUAGAUACUUAUACAGCGUUAAAUGUCGAAAGUACUAUAAGAGGAGAAAUUGUACUGYACUUGAAAAUAAAGGGCCUAAUUUUAGACACAAUACAUCAUAUUAGUGUAGUAGACGAACUUAUAAACUCGCGAGUGACAUCUAUCCACGAUUGGGAAUGGCAAAAAAGAAUAAGAUUUUACUCACAUUCUGGUGGUGAAAUAAUCAUUAAAAUGGUGGAUUCGGAAUUUACGUAUUCUUACGAAUAUCAAGGGAUAGCGCCUAAACUGGUACACACGCCACUCACAGAUAACUGUUACCUAACACUCACUCAAGCAAUGAGUAUGGGAUUUGGAGGAAAUCCAUAUGGACCUGCUGGAACUGGAAAAACAGAAUCGAUYAAAGCGCUCGGUUAUCUAUUUGGCCGACAAGUAUUGGUUUUUAACUGCGAUGAAGGCAUAGAUAUCAGAUCUCUAACACGAAUAUUAAUCGGUUUGGCGAGAUGUGGAGCUUGGGGAUGCUUUGACGAAUUUAAUCGCCUAGAAGAUUCCACAUUGUCAAUGAUCUCAACAAGAAUACACCCAAUACAAGAAGCGAUUAAAAACAAAGAGAUUAGCUUCAUAUUAGAAAAUCAGAAGAUUGAUUUAAAUUUGAACGCGGGAAUAUUCGUAACAUUAAAUCCAGCAGGACAAGGUUAUGGUGGUAGAAAUAAAUUACCCGACAAUCUCAAGCAACUUUUCAGACCUGUAGUUAUGAGUAAACCAGAUCAAACUUUAAUAGCUAACGUAACACUUCACGCCGAAGGAUUUAAACACCCGCAAAUUAUAGCUAAAAAACUCGUUGAAACCUUUGAUUCUGCCAAGCAAUUGUUGAGUGAUCAACAACAUUACGAUUGGGGUCUUCGAGCUUUGAAGACAGUAAUUGGUUUUUGCGGUACAAUUUUAAAAGCUUCAGCGGUGACUUUGAAAUCACUUCCAGAAGAAUGUUCGGUCGCAGUACAGGCGUUAGAAUUGAACACGAUUUCAAAAUUAACGUUUGACGAUAGUGCACUGUUYAAAUCACUUAUUUUAAAUAUAUUUCCCGAAUUAAAAGAAACUAACUACAGCACUCAAAUAUAUGAUACAUUGACUCAGAAAAUACGGAAAGCAGCAGAGGAUAUGGAAUUACAAAUUAAUCCAAGACAAGAACAAAAAUGUAUUGAACUUUACGAACAAUUACAACAACGCAUGGGAGUAGUGGUAAUGGGUCCACCGUCGUCCGGAAAAACAACAAUAAUUCAACUAUUGUCGCGCGCCUUAACCACUAACAACAAUAUAAAAGUACAUAAAAUUAACCCAAAAGCUCAAUCACGAUCGCAAUUAUUAGGAAAAGUAGAUUUGGAUACGCGUCAGUGGAUCGACGGAAUAAUUAGCAAAGCUGCUCAACAAGCAUAUUCAGAAAAUCCUGAUAUUAUUUCUUGGAUAAUAUUUGAUGGGGAUGUUGAUCCCGAAUGGAUUGAAUCGCUCAAUUCAGUCUUAGAUGAUAAUAGAUUAUUGACAUUACCAUCUGGUUGGAGAAUUCAAUUUGGAAAUAAUAUAAAUUUUAUUUUUGAAACACAUUCUCUUGGACAUGCAUCUCCCGCUACUGUAUCGAGAAUGGGUAUUAUUCUUCUCAGCUCUGAAAUGGCUGGACAUAAAUGGACAGUUUUUGAAAUGUUUGGAGAGUAUGUGCCAGAAAUAAAUGACGCAAAAUAUUAUUGCUAUAACGAAAUGAGAGAUUGUGUAGAAGCUUACAAUUUACUAGAAAUGGAAAAUUCAAAUUUAUUUGGAAACAAAAUCGGCGAUUUAAUUGAAACACCUAGAAUAGCGAACGCUUCUGAUAUUUUAGUCAAAUGGAUACAACAUAGUUCAUCGAUUUUCGUUGUUGGACCAUCGGCAGUGGAAACCACGAAUCAGGAAGUUGAGUUGAACACAGAAUUACUGUACCUUAUCACAGCCUAUUGUGAAAGGGUUUUGACAAACCCUAGAGGGUGUAUGUUAUUGGUAGGACGUUCGGGAAUAGGACGAAACUUAGCCGUAAGAAUCGUAGCAUCCAGACAUAACGCAACAGUCGUGUCACCUAAAAUACGACCAGUUUUUAAUUUGAAUGCAUUUAAAAACGACCUCAAAACGAUAAUGCAAACAUGUGGAAUAGACAACGAAGAAGUUUAUUAUGUUGUCGAAGAAUAUCACAUAGUAAACAAUGAAGUACUGGAUAUCGUAAGUUGUUUAAUAGUGUCAGGUGAAGUGAUGGGGCUCUAUAAAAAUGAAGAGUUAGAAUCGUUGUGUUCACCGCUCAAAGAUCAAAUGUCUCAGCAGAAUUUUGACGGAACAUCGACCAAUUUUUUUACACAAAGAGUAAAGAAUAAUUUACACGUAGUGAUGAUUUUGGAUUCAGAAAGUGAAUUUUUCAACAAUUGCUUAGAAAACAGCCCGGCAGUGCUAGAUCACUGUCACGUUGUAUGGCUUGAUAGUAUUCAUCAAGAAGCCGGAGCCUGGAUGAAUACUUGUCCAAGGCGUUACUUAUCAUUUAUUCAAACAUUUAGUGUCUUACUAAAGAACAAACAGGAAUCAAUUAAUAAAAGAAUGGUCCAUUUAAAAGCUGGAUUGUCUAAAUUGAUUGAUGCCAGAAACAUCGUAGYGAAAUUGAAAUCGGACGCUAGAACUCAAGAAACGAAACUAGCAGAAAAACAAGAAAAGGCCAAUCAAGCACUGAAUAUGAUAUCUAGAACCAUGCAAGGAGCUAAUACGAAAAAAGAGCAAAUGGAAAGUCUUAGAAAAGAGUUUCAAAUAAAAAACGAUGUUUUAAACCAGAGGAAAAAAGAAAUCGAUCAAGAACUAGCGCAAGUAGAACCAUUGAUUGAAGAGUCUCAGGCAGCAGUGAGCAACAUAAAACCAGAAGCGCUGACGGAGAUCCGAUCACUUCGAGCCCCUCCAGAAGUGAUAAGGGACAUAUUGGAGGGCGUGCUCCGGCUUAUGGGCAUACAGGACACAUCAUGGAACAGCAUGAAAACGUUUCUAGCAAAGAGGGGCGUCAAGGAGGACAUAAGGUUUUUCGAUGCACGCAGGAUUUCGGARGCCAACAGGGACUCGGUGGAGAGACUUUUGAAGUCAAAACGUGACUCGUUUGACUCAAAAAACGCGAAGAGGGCAUCUGCGGCGGCGGCACCGCUGGCUUCGUGGGUAGUAGCCAAUGUCGAGUACUCGCACAUACUUCACAAAAUAAGACCAUUGGAAACCGAACACGCUUCUUUGAAAUCAAAAUUGCAAAAAGCCGAAGAGCAAAUAGAACUUUUAAGUGAUGGGUUAGACAGUGUCGAUAAAAACGUAUCAGAAUUAAGAGAGCAGUUAACUAUUAACACUAAAGAAGCAGCUGAAAUUGAAUUAAACAUUAGCAAAGAAAAAAAAACAAUAGAUGCCGCCCAAAAACUUGUCGAAAAAUUAGAUGACGAAUUUUCGAGAUGGGGUUUACAGGUAAAUGAAUUGUCGUCAAGCUUAGAAAACCUAUUAUUGAGCACACUGCUUGCGUCAGCGUUUGUGACAUAUUUAUCGGAAUGUUCAGAUAGUAUUCGCAAUGAAAAAAUUGAAAAAUGGAAGUACGAACUAAAAUCAAAUGAUUUUACGUUUUCUAAAUUCAUGGAAUCUGAAUGUCAGAUACUGCAGUGGAUUACUGAAGGCUUACCAUCUGAUGAAACAUCGCAUCAAAAUGCCAUAAUACUCAAACAGAUUAAGACCCUUCAGAUUUCGGCUAAAUUUUAUCCAUUGAUCAUUGACCCUAAUAACAACAUCAUGGAGUGGUUAAAAUUAAAAUUACCAGUUAAUUCAACAGAAUUUACUUCAUUUGAAAACCCAAAAUUAUACUCAAGUUUAGAAUUAGCUGUUCGUUUUGGUAAAACGAUAGUAAUAUAUAACGUAAGCAAAAUCGAUCCUAUACUCGUACCAGUAUUAAGAAGUGACUUUAAAAUUGAAGGGAGCAGAAAAAUGGUCCAAAUUGCAGAUCGAUUGGUAGAUUACAACGAGAACUUCCAAUUAUACCUAUUCAGCAAUACUACUGACUUGACCUUGUCCUCAGACCAAUCUGUUUUAUUAACUAUUGUUAACUUUACCUUAAAUGACAUUGGACUCACUGAACAGCUUUUAAGACAUGCAUUGAAAGUACAAAAUCCUAAAUUAGACUCCAUGCGUUUAGAAUUAUUGCACACGGAAGAAGAAUUGAAAUCCAAAUUGCAUGUACUACAAGAGAACGUGUUAAARGACUUAGCUGACGCUCAAGGGAAUAUACUCGAAAAUCAAGAACUCCUUAAUUCGCUAGACAGUAUAAAAACUAACAGCACUGAGAUAUCAAAAUCACUCGACGAGUCACUAAAAGUGCAGAGAGAAUUAAAGUUUGAAUGUCAAGUGUACAAGCCAUUUUCCAGUUACGCUUCAAAAAUAUAUUUCGCUUUGAAAGAUUUGUUCGUCUUCAACCGUUUUUGUCAAAUCUCUAUGUCGACAUUUGUCAAAUUGUUCCAGUCUACACUAAAAGAAUCUACUGGAGGUACGAACCAAGAGAAACGACUAUUACACACGGUUUAUUAUUAUGUAUCGAGAUCGCUUUUCAAAGAUCAACAAUUGACAUUCGCCACAUACUUGUCUUAUAAAUUGAAUCCAAAUGAUUUUGGUCCUAAUGAAUGGGAAUUGUUCAUUGGAAAAAAAACAACAAAUAUUGACGAAGGAUUGAAUUAUAAAGAUAAUAUUCCAAAAUGGAUUAACGACAACAGAGCUUUUGAUGUGUACAUGUUAAAAGAAUCUGUACCAGAACUUUACGAAAAACUUCAACUCGAUAAUCAAAACAUUUGGAAAGACUUUGUCGAAACAACAAAUUCCAGCAUUCCGAAAGUGGUAAAUGUGUCGAAUUUUCAACAAGUAUUAAUAACACAAGCACUGAAACCCGAUAGAUUGCAUAAAGUUUUGACAGAAUUUUCACUCAAUCAACUAAAACUGACUGACUUAUCACCAUCGACGUUAAGUCUAUCUAAAUUGGUCGGAGAAAACGCAGAACCGGUGAUGAUAAUCACGUCCAUCGGAUCUGACCCAUCCGACGAAUUGAGGAUGUUAGCUAAACAAAUUACUCACGAAAACUGUAUAGAAAUAGCUACAGGCGAAGACCCGAGGGAAGUCGAGUCACUGCAAGAACUGUGCAAACAGCCGAAAUGGGUCGUAUUGAAAAACAUUCACCUGAGUUCGGAGUCUCUACUAACGGAGUUGGAAAAACGGUUAAAGUCAUUAGAGGACGUGCACGAGAAAUUCGCUGUGUGGAUGACCGCAGAGCCCAACGAAAAAAUUCAACAUUCAUUUGUUGUGUCGUGCGUUAAAGUCGCAUACGAAGCGCCGCACGGCGUCAAGAAGAACAUGAGACGRGCCUACGACAUCUGGAAGAACGAGCAUGUGGUGUGGAAAUCUUUGGACGAAAUGCGAUCUGCUUACACUUUGGCCUGGUUCCAUUCCAUAGUGUUGGAACGCAGGACAUACAUACCGCAGGGUUGGUCACAAUAUUACGAGUUCAAUGAUUCGGAUUUAACAGCAACCCUGAAAGUCUUACAGAAAUCAAUACAUCGUGAACACAGCUCAACAAGAUGGGCAUACAUUCACGGACUAUGUGAAAAGGCUAUCUACGGCGGCCGAAUUACAAAUAUACAAGACAUAGCUAUCCUCACAACAUAUUUGCGAUGUGUGUUCACAUCAGACAAUGUCAAUUGGAAGGAUGGUAUACCUGGAAUCGUCGAUUUAAAUUCCGGUGACGCAAAGGAUGUCGAUAACGCAUUGAAAAGCGUCCCGGAACACGACACUCCGAAACUGUUGAAUUUGCCAGAGAAUGUAGACAGGUCUUGGCAAAAGAAGCAGAGCACCGAAACAAUAUCACAGUUACGACGCGUCAGCAUUGGCAGCAUUGGGACGAAACUGCAAAUAAAGGGUGACUGGCAUUUGAAUGUCCAACCCAUUCUAGAUCUGUGGAAGGCUUUGAACAGGGGCGUCAACCUUUCUGAGUUGCCGUCGAGCAGAAGUGGCGACAGUAACCAUCAUCGGCCGGUGGAUGCGUUUUUCAGCCAAGAACUCAACUUUGCGGUCCGACUAGUUAGAAACGUGCACAAGACCUUGGUCGGUGUAAACCAGACAAUUCGCAGCAACACGAGGCCCUCGACUACAGUGUCAGACACAGUGUUACAUCUCAUUAGACUUCAAACACCAAAAACGUGGAUGGACCAAUGGACUGGUCCGAACGAUCCGGUGGCGUAUAUCAGAACCAUCGUGGCCAGAACUAUAUGCGUGAAAAAAAUUAGCGUUUUAGAUGACAAAUUGUCGCAGAAAAUCGACCUUGACGAGCUAUUUCACCCUAGAACGUUCCUAAUUGCACUAAAACAACAAACAGCCAAACAAUAUGAAAUACCUAUGGAUAGUCUCAUACUUGAUUGUUCUCUGUCAACUAAUGGAUUGAAAGGUUCCAAAAUCCACACAACAAUAUCAAAUUUGAUUAUAGAAGGUGCUAGGCUCAAUCACAAUACACUUGUUGAAAAUACAGCUGAUUCACCAUCAGUAGCUAUCAUUGAUGACAUUAAACUUGCAUGGAUUCCACAGGAACACAUAAAGCACAUGAAAAAUUCUGAUUUACCAAUAGCGUUAUAUGAGACACAAUUCAGAGAUAAUUUAAUAACAUUGCUACCAAUAGCAAUGCCAUUAAAUGAACAAAAAAAAUGGAUUUUAGCAGGAGUGACAUUAUUUCUGAGAACACAUUAAUUUUAAGAAGAAUUGAUAUUUGAAUUAUAURAUAUACCUAACACAUAAAUUGUAAAACAUAUGUAUGAACCUUAAACAAUUAAUCUAUCCUGAUUUGGGUAUUGGUAACUUAGUG